CCAAAUACUUGAUUCUACAACAAAUAAACACAUCUCUAAAACAUUUUUCUGCGCCAUUAAUUUAUUUACCAUCAUGUCAAACCAACCACCACUUUAUGCGACUCCCAUCAUCGACCGUCGUUAUUGUACAGAAAGACAACCUAUUGAUUUGAUAAUCACAAAGGAGAGGAGUGUGAGAGAUAAGUUCAUCAUAAAAGACAUGAACAACAAUGUGAUAUUCACAGUUAAAAGUUCUCUUCAAACCAUCAUAACACCAAGGCAACACCGCUUCUUAUUUGAUGCUAACGGAAACCUCAUUCUCCAUCUUCGAGGAUCGCUACAAGAUGGUAGUUGGAAAGCAUUUAGAGGUGGAAGUUCAGAGGCAAAUGAUCUUAUCUUUAUUAGGAAGCGAUCCUCAUUUAUACCGUUAAAUACCAAAUUAAAUGUAUUUUUGGCAAAUAAUACCACAGGAAUUUCUGACUUCACUAUCAAGAAAACAUUUUUGGGAGAAUCUUGGGAUGUUUCUAUUGGCCAAUCCGACAAUGUUGUUGCUCAGAUAGAUAAAAAGCUUAGAAUUAUGUUUGAAAGAGAAAAGUUUAUGGUCACUGUGUUACCAAACAUCGAUUAUGCCUUCAUUGUGGCUCUAGUUAUGACUCUUGAUUAACAACUACAAGAAUAAGGGAAUUUCACAUGUCAAAUUAAAGUUUAGUUUUAGGUUUAUAUUUUUUGAUGAACCAUGGUUACAUACUUAAUUAGUUUCUUUAAAAUAUGUAAUUUUUAUUUAUGGUUACAUACGUAAUUAGUUUCUUUAGAAUAUGUAAUUUUUAUUUAUUCAAAUGCAAGGACAAAUUAGGAUGA